AUGAACGACGAUGUGGUGGCUCAGUUCACCGAGAUCACGGGCUCGAGCCCUGAGCUGGCCACUCAGUAUCUCCACUUAGCCGAUUACAAUAUUGAACAAGCUAUGCAACUUUAUUUCGAAAACGGCGGCGCACCAUUAACUGAUGAGCCCAUACCAUCUACAUCAGGUACUCCGGGAGCUCGACCUGCCGCAGGCGAUAGUGGGGCUGUACAUGUCGGCUCUGAUGACGAGGUCACUGUUGACGAAGCGCGAUCUACCCCUCGACACCAAGCGCCACAGAAUUCUACCUAUGAAGAUGAUGAGGCCAUGGCUCGGCGUCUCCAGGAGGAAAUGUACGGCGGUGGGGGAGGUGGAGGAGCAGCAGUUGAAGAUGAUGGUGUGCGUGCUCCGAUGGCUCGCACAACAGAAACACUCGUAGGCCCAGAUGCGGACUUCGACGAUGGCGAUAUGCACACAAGCAUACUAGGUCAAUUGCGUGCCCGCCAGCAGCGAAGCAAUCGACCUGGCAUCUUCAAUCAGAGGGACACCUCUUCGAUAUGGACAGGGGAAGACGAUGCCACACGUCGCCAGAGGCUUUCAGAAGCAACUGGGGGUGCGUCUGAUGCUUCGAGUAAAUCGAAUAUGCUUGCCGAAAUGUACCGUCCGCCUUUUGAGAUCAUGUCACGACUUCCAUGGGACAUAGCCCGUCAGGAAGGCCGUGAGAAUGAGAGGUGGUUGCUGGUCAAUAUACAAGAUCCCUCCAUCUUUGACUGCCAGCUGCUGAACAGGGACUUGUGGAAGGACGCUGGAAUCCGAGACACUAUCAAAGAACACUUCCUCUUUUUGCAGUACUCUAAAGACGACCCACGAGCUGCGCCGUACCUACAAUACUAUUUUCAAGCGAGCGACGUUUCCGACAACUACCCCCAUAUUGCCAUUGUCGAUCCACGUACCGGCGAACAGAUGAAGGUGUGGUCCGGGCCGCCUGUGGUGAAGGCCGCAGAGUUCCUGAUGCAGCUGCAUGAAUUUCUGGACCGUUACAGUCUUAAGCACAAUGUGCGGAACCCAGUGGCCAAGCGGAAACCAGAGAAGGAGAAGAGCAUCGAUGCUAUGACGGAAGAGGAGAUGAUGGAAUUGGCAAUGAAAAAUAGUCUUGGUGGAGAUCCCUCUCAAGCUCAGAAAUUGGAAGAUCCUGACGAUUUGACUCGGAGUGUCGAGGAUGUGAAAGGCAAAGGCCGAGCAGCCGAUACUGAGGACAUCAGCAUGGGUGAAGCAGAUCAAGGCGGAAAGAGCGAAGCUGAAACUUCUCCGUUCGCCUCGAUUCCAGAUGAUAAGCCUCACACCGAGCCCCCCGCCGACCCGGCUACGACUACACGCAUUCAGUUCCGCCAUCCAUCCGGAAGAGUAAUCCGACGCUUCGCUCUGAAGGACCCCGUCCGAAGAAUCUACGAAUGGCUUAAGGCCGAACCUCCGUUGCCAGAUAAAGCGGGUGUCGAGUUCGAGCUCAACUCGCUAGGUCACAAUCUGCUUGACUCGCUUGACAACAGCGUGGAAGAUGCGGGCUUGAAGAAUGGUACAGUAAUGAUAGGAUACGUUGAAGAGUAA